AUGACGCCUUCCCAAUUUGAUAUCUUGCUCCAAAGGCUUAUAGCGAUGGAAACACCAAAGGUGGUUGUCUUCUUGGUCAUCUUGGUUUGGCACCUGGAUAUCCCAAAGCCUCCUCAAGAAUAUCAGUUUCUAGAGUUUUAUGCGGGAGUAGGGCGAAUCGCGACCUUGGCCAAAUGGUGUGGCUUCGCCACUGCUGCUGUUGAUAUUCGGUAUGGUGCACACCGUCAAAGGGAGGGUAAACGGCGACCAAUGGAUAUCAACGGCAACGCUGGCCUCGUGCUUUGCAUUCAUCUACUUUUGACUUCACAGUGGGAGCAACUCGUGGCCUUCUUUGCAAUCGUUUGUUCGUCCUAUGUGCCAGUAAACAGGCACAGCACAGGGAGAACACUGUUGACUCCUCUGGGAAAUGAACAUUUUAUAGGAGUGAGGCGAUCCAACAAGAUGACCUCGAGGACUGUGAUAUUGAUAUGGAUCACUAUUCUCUCAGGAGGAACGUAUCUCAUGGAAAACCCUCAUGGGAGUUUUCUCGCCUUUCAUCCUCGGUACGUAUGGAUGCUUAAAAAGCUCGAGGCUGUUGGUAUUCUGACUUACAAAACCGCCUUUUGGAUGCGGAAAUAUGGCUCAAUCUCUUGGAAAAGAACAUGGGUGUGGGCAAACAGUCGCCGCAUUGGAUCCCUAGACUUGGGGCCGUUGACGGAGGAAGAAAAGGAAGGUUGUGAGGAAACAACUAUCCGUUAUGAGGAUGCCCAAGGCAAGAUCCGUUGGAAAGGUAAUUCCAACCUCAAGCUGACACAGCAAUACACCUUCAAAUUUGCUGGCACCGUGACCCGAUUGCUGCCAAAGAUCCGCGAGGACACCAGGUCUCAGAAGUUUCCUGCCAAG